AUGACUUCCAAGCCAGUCGCAUGGGAGAGGUUCGUCCGUUACGUCCCUCAGGGGCAGGACCAAGCUAUUUGUUUUGGGGAUCCUAUCGUCGCAGAGUCCGAGAUCGAUCAGAUUGCGCAGAUCGCUGCGGAAGGUAGACUGGAGGUGAAAGUCUUACAAGGUGACCAUCCGCUUAACGCGACACCAAAUGGAAAGACGGAUAAAGUAGCUCGGCUACUAGGUCCCCUAGAGCCAGGCGAUGUACCCAUCAUCCGAUGCAUUGGACUGAACUACACGACUCACAUUCUUGAGACUGGACGCCCGCUCCCGACUUGCCCUACUGUAUUCACCAAGCCGGGACCCGCCAUUGCAGACCACGGUGAAGCCAUUCCCAUUCCAAAGAUUGCACAGGAACAGUGCGACUAUGAAGGAGAACUAGUAGUCGUGAUAGGAAAAGAUGCGAAGAAUGUGUCAGAGGAAGAAGCGCUGGAGUAUGUGGCUGGCUACACUGUUGGAAACGACGUUUCUGCGCGCGACUGGCAAAGGGAAGCUGGCAAGGCUGGUCCUGUUCCACAAUGGUCUUUCAGCAAGUCUUUUGACAAAUACGCACCACUGGGUCCCUGCAUUGUUGCAACUAGGCUCUUAGGAGAAGCAAAUGCGCAAUCGCUGAAGACUAUUGUCAAUGGGGAAGUCAGGCAAAAAAGUAACACAGCGGACCUUUGCUUUAAUGUCCGAAAGCUUAUCGCCUUCUGUAGUCAAGGUCAGACACUGCAGAGAGGAUCCUUGAUUAUGACAGGCACGCCAGGUGGUGUUGCUUUGUUCAUGAAACCUCAAGCAUUCUUGAGAGACGGUGACAAAGUCGAAGUUGAGAUUGAAGGCAUUGGUCGCCUGUCGAACAUAAUGUCUUUCGAAAAAAAGUAG